UGUUGUGGUCCUUGAUUGUGCCAUUGUGGUCCUAUUCUCCUAAAUUCACUGUACCAUCCCCAACAAAAUACUUUGUAGGGAGCUUGGUGGUACUUGGGCCUACAAGGCAAUUCACCUUGCUGAUCUUGGCGAAAUUUGCAGAUGUUUCGUUGCUGCAUUGCCAUUACGAAGAAAACAUUAGGCCUAAAUAUGGUGAAAAGGAAGUCUGCACAAGAAAGUAAAUCAAAAGGAAAGGAAAAUGGUUAGAAUCACGUUGAAAUCAUAUUUUUUUACCUCAGGAUUCUUGCAGCAGGCCCACUCAACACAGUCUCAAGCGAAGUCAAAAUGUUAAAAUGAGUCGUUCAAAAUUUGUUGACAGUCACUGUGAAACACACCGUGGCACUGGCAGUGCAGAUGUCAUAAGACUAAAGAGAGCACAAAUCUUGUCCUCGGACCACACACUCCACAGGGCCGACACGCCACUGUAGCUUCGGUAGACCCGAGUCAAGUGAGCGAGCAGGAUCACUGCUAUCUUCCACCCAUUGGUUCCUUGCUGAAGAGAAAAACAAGCUCAUAAGUCAGCUUCUGUUGUGGUAUGAUGAAAACAAACGUGACCUUCCCUGGAGGCAUAUGGUGAAGUUGAUGGACAUCAAUCAAAGGGCAUAUGCAGUUUGGGUGUCAGAAAUCAUGUUGCAGCAGACACAAGUAGCCACUGUAAUUGACUACUACAAUAAGUGGAUGAAGAAAUGGCCUACUUUGCAAGCGCUUUCAACAGCUUCUUUAGAGGUUGUGAAUGAAUUAAAGGGACAGAUGCCGACGUGUGCAGCAGAUCUUAUGAGAGAAUUACCUGGUGUUGGUAAAUACACAGCUGGUGCUAUUGCUUCAAUUGCCUUUGGAGAAGUGACAGGCCUGGUAGAUGGUAAUGUUGUUCGGGUGUUCAGUCGGAUGCGUAUAAUUGGAGCGGAGUGUUCAAGUCAGCCUGUUACUGAAGCAUUGUGGAGCAUAGCUAAUUGCAUUGUUGACCCAACACGUCCAGGAGACUUUAACCAAGGCCUUAUGGAACUCGGUGCUACCAUUUGCACGCCAAAAGCUCCCAACUGUUCAAUAUGCCCUGUCAGUGGUUUAUGCAAGGCUUAUAAGGAGACAGUUUUGUAUAAGAAUAGAAACGAGGUGAAACUGCUCUGCAAAACUGGCGGCCCAUCCAGAGAAAGUGAUCUUUUAGAAUGUGACAUAGAAGACUGUGACCUGUGCCUUCCUGCAUCGGACCCCUGGGACAGCAGCAUUGGUGUGAUGAACUACCCGAGGAAAGCCAAGAAGAAAGCACCAAGGAAGGAGAUUACAGCAGUGGGCAUUGUAUCCAGGAUGGGGAAGGGGGAGACAGAAUACCUCGUCACUCAAAGACCAGAAACAGGUCUUCUUGCCAACUUGUGGGAGUUCCCCUCUGCACCACUGAUUGACGACACAGCAGAAAAAGAAGAACGGCUCUCCGAAACACUACUAGCUUUGGGGUCAUCUGCGGCUGAUGCUAAGAAACAGUUUAUUGGAGAGGUGGUGCACAUCUUCUCGCAUAUCCAUCAGACGUAUCUAUUAUAUAAUAUCAAAGACAUCGGUCAUCAUGACACCCCAGAAGAUGCCAAGGUCAAAUGGGUCACAAAAGAACAGUUCCUCGAAUCUGCUGUUUCAACUGCUAUGAAAAAGGUGUUCAGGAUGUAUGAAUCAAAGACAAAGCCCCCUGAACCUGCGAAGUCUAAGCCACGGAGCACCAAUAGGAAACCCCGCGAUAGGAAAAGACGGAGUGAGGAGCGAACCGAUGGACGGAAACAGAUGGCUCUCGAUGGAUUCUUUAAACCAAAGGCGAAGUGAGCGAUUUCCUAAGUGUUGGUUAAUCACUGCCAGAUGGAGGACUCGAUGAACUUUAUGUUUUUGUUCUAAUUCCUCCUCAUAGAGGGCUUGCAGAUAAAUGAGCUUGCAGAAAAAGACACAAUUUUGGAUGUCAAAUUUAUGUGAUUGACCCUUGUGGCAGACACUUAUCGAUAUCCAAAUGUUGCACAGUCUUUGCUUAUACAGUCUCCAUGUCAAGACAAGUGCUUUAAACUAUUGAGGAUAAUGUCUAAUUUGUCAUUUUCAUUAUAGAUGGGAUUGGUGUAUCAUUUUUCACUUGACUCACAAUGAUCAGCUUGCAUUAGAAUUCAUGCAUUUAUUGCAUUUAUUUUUUUACAAUUUGUAUGUCUUUACACAAAGAAUUGUA